AUGGCGGAGGCAGAUUACCUUACUCGCCUCACUGUGCGGCGCCUUGCGGAGCUCAAUGCAACCCGGGCUCGGGUUGAGGCCCUGGAGGCUCGUGCCGUACUCGCAGAGGAGUACGAGGCUGAACGGAAGAAGCUGGCGUUGCUGCAGCGCCUCCAGGACAAGUACGGCGGGAUCAAUCCCAUCUUCACCAUGGACGCCGCCAUUGUCAUUACGGAGCUAAGAGAGCAUCUGCAGGCCGUGUACGACGCUGAUUUGCUGGCAGACUCUACGUUGCGCGCCAUCACCAUGUUGCACGCGGUCGCGUACGCCACUCGCACGAUGGACCGUUUCAGCGAGCCCGGGAAGUACGCGGCUGAGGGCAAUGCGGGUGUUUUGGAGCUGGGGGCGUCGACCCUGGCCAUGUUUUCCACCCGCGCCGGCUCCUCCGCCGCCUUCACGGAGUCCUGCUCCGUGCCUGUGCUGGUGAAGUUGCUGUCGCCUCUGUACCCGCCGGUGGUCGUUGUGAACAUUGCCAAUGCGAUUGGCAACCUUGCGGAGGACUUGGACAUCCGCCUGGCUCUGCGGUCUGGCGGCGGCGUGGGGGCGCUGGUGCGGCUGCUGCGACCCGACUGCGAGUCCAGUGUGCAGGCGGCUGCUGCGGGCGCCUUGUCGCUCCUGUCCGCUCGCGACAUUGUGGUGCAGGACAGCGUGCGCUACCUGGGUGGUAUCGACCUGUUGGUGGACUUGCUGGUAUCGGCUGACGCGUACACUGCCGAGGCGGCUCGCUACUGCCUGAUGAGUCUGCGCCGCGGCAAUACCAAGAACCAGGCGGAGGUCAUUGCCUCGAUCCGCGCGAACACCUCGGUGGUUCGUAACGUGAGGCGUGUGGACCCCGAGCUGCUGCGCUUCGAGGAGGGCACCCCCCGAGUGCAUGUGACGAGCUAUACACCUGUCACGUCGUACACGACACCGACGAAGGCGCGCUUGCGGCCGACGACCGCCGACAGCUACAGGCGCCCCGGGGACUCGUCCACCAUGGCCUCGGCUCUGGCGCGAUCCGUCUCUCCCGGUCGCUACAAAUCCCCCUUGGCAGCAGCGCUCAGUAGCACGCACACCCCCAGCACGAACACCAGGACUUCUUUGGAGCGAGAAUUCGCCUCCGCCUCCGUCACCAGCCCGAUUGACAACGACCUGUUGAAGCGGAAGCACAUGAUCCGCUACAGCUCGGAGGAGCUCGUGGCCUUGCUGCAGGAUUUGGGCUUUGAUAAGCUGGACUUGCGACCCGUCAAGGUUCACCAUGUGGCAGGUGUCGACUUGUUGGACAUGACGGAGGAUGAGAUGAUUGUGCGCCUGCUGCUGCCCCGCCAUAAGGUUCGCAAGCUGCGGGCGCUUCAGCGGGCAGUGGCGCUGUACGACAGGAUUGCGACCCUACCCCGUCAGGGCCGCCUGAGUGAGGUGGAACUGCGGCUUUUCUUGGCGAACCAGGGCUGCAGUACUCUGGAAGUUGACAAGAUUAUCCGGCUGUUCCGCAGCCUUGUUCACACAGACAAGCUCGACUUCGUCACGUUCUGGGACUUUGUGACCGCGUACGACUGGAUUGCGCAGGCCUUCCGCAUCUACAACAUUCCCGUGUGAUGAGAGAGGGCGCCGCAAGACCCGCGAGCGGAUGUUCUUCCUGGUGGGUGGUGCAGUCGUUGCAGUCUGGGCUGAAUAAGGUCUGGAGCUUCUCGGGAAGGGCUGGAAUGGCUGGAAUUUUGUUGGAAUGCGAAAAAGAGACAGUAACAUCUGGGGCUGGAGCUUUUGCUAAUUUAUUACUCGCUCGUCCCUUUUGUCGUUUUUGUCAACGUAACGGCAUCACGCUGUGCAUAGCGCUUGUUUUCAUUGGCCGAUAUAGCUGCAUGGUACAUACUGGGAUUACGCCGUUAGUGGUGUGGUAUGGAGCAGCGUGAUUUGGGGUUGCGGUUGCCUUCCUAGGCGCCGACUGCCUACCUGCUGUUGAUAUAAUCGUUGGGCGUGGGCUUGGGCGUGUGCGGUUAGGGUGUGGGGAUGUGGGGAUUGUAUAAAGGGGGGGAA